AUGGCUAGCACUGCAGAAGAGGUUCCCGCGGAGCCUAUAGACAACCAGGAGAAAGCUGGAGAUGAUGAAGAAGAAAUCGCAGCGAUGCGAGAGAGACUGACAAAGAUGGAGUCGGAAGCGGCCAAGCUGCAUGAGAUGCAAGCUUCCCUGGACCAGCAGACGGAGAACCUACGAGAGGACAAGGAGGACAUCGACGCGAGGAGUAUCUUCGUCGGCAACGUCGACUACGCGGCCUCGCCGGAGGAGAUACAGGCACACUUCCAGAGCUGCGGGUCGAUAAACAGGGUCACAAUAUUACUGGAUAAAUUCACUGGCCAUCCCAAGGGUGCUGAACGAGAGUCUCUUCCGUGGGAGGAAUAUAAAGGUGUGUGUUAUUACUCAUGGAGACAAAAGAGUGCGGAUGCUAAUAAACCGAGUCAGGUUGUCCCGAAACGCACGAAUCUGCCGGGCAUGACUCGUGGACGGGGCCGUGGACGAGGCCGCGGAGGGUUCGGCCGUGGCAUGCCCCGGGGAGGAUACCGAGGAGGCGGCUACCGUGGCCGUGGGAGAGGAUACGCUCCCCUUCACUUUGCACUCUUCUUCUUCCGCGUUCUCUUCUCCUUUGCUCCCUUCCUCCUAUUCUCCCGCUCUUUCUCCCCUGACCUUAUGCCUUGCCAUCCUCUCUGUGUCCUGACUACAGGCCUUCCAUCACAGUCAACCUGUCCACCACCGCCUCUUCCUCCCUCCCGCUCUGCCUACUCCCACUUCUGCUACUCCACCACCCCUUCUAUCCUCCGCGUUGAUGCUCUUUUUCCCCUCUGCUUUUCCACCGUCUUUCAUCGACUUGUUUUUCCUCGUUUUUUAUAUCACAAAAAACAAGCUACGUCACAUGUUCACGCUAGUCCUUAUCGGGAAAUCCUUCUUGUUCUUUAA